UUUUCAUUUCUUCCGGCUUAUUCACGUGCAGCUGAACUUUCAGAACGUCACGAGCUCAAUAACUCCUCUCAUAUUCAUAUUCAUCAGAGGAUUUUACAGUUGUCGUGGUCUCAUAUCGACGUUAAUAUCGUGAAAAGUGACGUUAAUAUCGUGAGACGUGUAACCGAAACGAACUCUUCCGGCUCGCGUUAGCAGCGUCCGCUGGGCUCAGCUGUCAUGGCUCCUCUCCGCGUGCUGUGCGUGCACGGGUACCGUCAGAACGGCGGCUCGUUCCGUGAGAAGACCGGAGCUCUGCGGAAGCUGUUGAAGAAACACGUGGAGCUGGUUUACAUGAGCGCGCCGCUCGACGUGCGAGCCGGAACUGAAGAGGCUCCAGAGAAGGAGGAUGGUUCAGGUCCUGGACCUGGAGGUGACGAAGACCCCAAGGGUUGGUGGUUUUCUGAUGUCCAGGCUCGGAGUUUCAGCGCCCAGCAGCAGUGUGAGGAAAGCCUGGGGCUUGAUGAGAGCGUGGCGGCUGUCAGAGGAGCUGUGAAGGUCCAAGGUCCGUUUGAUGGCAUCCUGGGCUUCAGUCAGGGAGCAGCUUUCGUGGCCAUGCUGUGCUCUCUCCAGGAGCAAAAACAGGAGCCAGAGUUCAGCUUCCGCUUUGCCAUCCUCGUCGCUGGUUUCCGUAGCGCGUGUAGGAAACACCAGACGUUCUAUGACACUCCCCUCCUGAUCCCCUCCCUGCAUGUGUUUGGACUGGAGGACCGAGUCAUCCCAGACAACAUGAGCAGGGAGCUGCUCCCCUCCUUCCAGGACGCUCAGGUUCUCACACAUCCCGGUGGCCAUUUUGUUCCUGCUGCGUCUGCUCACAGACAAACGUAUCAGGACUUUCUCAAGCGGUUCCAGUGAGAAAGAAACGUCGCAGAAACUCAUUCAGAGACUCUGGCACUUAAAUAUGGAAUGUUGAUGAUUUAAUGUUACUGUGAUGACAUAACUGAUUCCAGAGGCACUUUGACUUCAUGAUCUUUGUGCUCUGUUUUUUCCCCUCUGGUCUGAUCCAUCUAAAACAGUUGAGUGUCUACUGUCGUUCUCAGGGAAGACAUCAUGCAACAAACAAUAAAUGAAGUGAUGAUUGUUUAUUUAACGUA